CACCACCCCCCUCAGCCGCCGCAGCCGCCGCCGCUUCGCCCUCACCGCUCCCGUUCCUCUGUCGUGCCCCGGUUCCUCAGCGCUCUUUCCCCGGCGCGUCCCGGGGAUUGUAGUGGUCUGAACGUACAAAUAAGUCGAGAGCCGCGUGGGAUCGGCCGGCCCGCUCCGUGACGCCGUGCCCCGCCAUGGGCCGCUCCUCCAAGGACAAACGCGACAUUUACUACAGGCUGGCCAAGGAGGGCGGCUGGAGAGCGAGGAGCGCCUUCAAACUGCUGCAGCUGGAGCAGCGCUUCCAGCUCUUCCAGGGGGUCCGCCGGGCCGUGGAUCUCUGUGCUGCCCCCGGGAGCUGGAGCCAAGUGCUGAGUCGGCACCUCAGGGGCUCCGAGGGGUCCCCAGCCCAGGUGGUGGCCGUGGAUCUCCAGGCCAUGGCACCGCUCCCAGGGGUGCUGCAGAUCCAGGGGGACAUCACCAAGGCCUCCACAGCCCAGGAGAUCCAGCGCCACUUCGAGGGGCACCCAGCUGACCUGGUGGUCUGUGACGGGGCCCCAGAUGUGACAGGGCUGCAUGACCUGGACGAGUACAUCCAGGCCCAGCUGCUGCUGGCAGCACUGAACAUCACCACGCACGUCUUGAAGAAAGGUGGCACCUUCGUGGCUAAGAUUUUCCGGGGAAAGGACGUGACCCUGCUCUACUCCCAACUGCGCCUCUUCUUCCCCGAGGUCACCUGCGCCAAACCCCGCAGCAGCCGCAACUCCAGCAUCGAGGCUUUCGUGGUGUGCCGUGGGUACAGCCCCCCCGAGGGCUUCGUGCCCUCCAUGGACAACCCCCUGCUGGACCCCGACACGGGCCUGGCCCUGUCCCAGCUCUCGGGUCCCUCCCGGCUCAUCGUGCCCUUCGUGGCCUGCGGGGACCUGAGCGCCUUCGACCCCGACCGCACCUAUCCCCUGCAGCUGGACCCAGCCCAGCCCUACACCUACGUGCCCCCCCCGGCCCCCCCCAUCGCCCCCCCCUACGCCCGGGCCUGCCGCCUGCGCCGGGGGGGGACCCAGGGACCCCCGGGGGGGGACGGGGACGAGGAGCCCGAAACGGGGAGGGGGAACGGGACCCCCCUGAGUGUGCGAGGAGCUGAACAGGAGGGGAUGAACGUGCAAGGAACCUCGUGGGAGGAACGGGAAGGAGCCACGUGCAAGGACGUGAGUGUGCAAGGAUCCACCUUUGAAGGGGAAGGAGCCACGUGUGAGGAACAGGAUGGACCCUGGUGGGGGAUGAGUGUGCAAGGAGCUGCACAGGAGGGGAUGAGUGUGCAAGGAGCCCUGUGCAAGGGGGAAGGAGCCGUGUGUGAGGAGCUGAGUCGGCUCCGUCUCCUGGACUGAAACUUUGUGGGUGUGCAAAGACCCCUGUGGGUGUGCAAGGCACAGCCCCCUGUGAUGCAGCCCCCCCCCAGGACCCCCCCCCUUGCACGCACGUGUGACCCCCAAUAAACCCCACAAU